AUGGACGCGAGGAAGAAGCCACAAUUGAUCGUUCCACGGGCCCAGAAGAUCAAUACGGAGAGAAGAUCUGAGGCUCCGCGCGACAGCAAAGCCAAGGGAUCGAGCGCUAUGGGAUCUGGGCAAAACACCGCCCAGAGAAUCAGCGGCGACAACCACAUGAGGGUGAAAAAGCUUGUGGAUAAGGUGAAGAUGUCAACGUCAGAGCCGGUGGAGGUCUUGUCAAAGAAAAAGCAAGUCCAGGUCAUAGACAUCAUUUCAAGUGACGAUGACGAUGAGGAGGAGGAGGAAGAGAAGGAGUUGGAGGGAGAAGAAGAAGAGGAUGAGGAGGAAAGCAGAGACGGCGACGAGCACGCCAUCGUAAGGGUAAGGAAAUUUGAGGGAUGUUGCAUGCUAGCUGCGGUGGAUAGGAGCAAUGACCAUGGAGUUGCAAGCCGAACACGGCGACACAAAGCCCUGCGACGCAAGAACUCACAAUUCGAGGACAACAAUGAUUCCAAAGGGACAUUCAGUGAACCGAUAGAUGUGUAG